AUGGCAUGGCCAUAUUACUGUUGGGCUACACCAAAGCAUAGGCCCAAAUACCGAUUGCAUUAAACCCUAGAGGAAGACCCUUUUCUACAUUUCCUUGCGGCAGCUCCUCAAUCCUCCUCAUUCAUCACAGCCGUCUUCUUCGUUCAGGUGAGAACGGUCAAGAUGAGCAAGGGGAGCGCCGGCGCCGUCAAGGGAGGGAAGAAGAAGGGAGCGACGUUCGUUAUCGACUGCUCCAAGCCAGUGGAAGACAAAAUCAUGGACAUCGCCUCGCUGGAGAAGUUCCUCCAGGAGCGCAUCAAGGUCGGCGGCAAGGCCGGAGCUCUCGGCGACUCCGUCACCGUCGUCCGCGAGAAGACGAAGAUCACCGUCACUUCCGAUUCCAACUUUUCCAAGAGGUAUUUGAAGUACUUGACAAAGAAAUACUUGAAGAAGAACAGCGUGCGCGACUGGCUCCGUGUUAUUUCUUCAAACAAGGAUAAAAACGUCUACGAGUUGAGAUAUUUCAACAUUGCUGAGAAUGAAGAGGAGGAUGAAGAUUAAGUGCCAUUAUCAAUCCUUUUUUCCCCAGAUGGUUUCGCAACCCAUUUUGAUUUCUUGAUAUGAUAAUUAUUGUAUCAAUACUCUCGUUUUAACAUUAGUUAUCCUAUGGAACAAGAUAUUUCACCUUUCCAUGUUUUCAGUUGAGCAAUUUCCUUUCCCUUAAAUGAUUGUGUACUGGCUCCUCUCCUUUUUGAACUUAUAAUCUUGUAGCCAUGUUUUUCCUUUUGAUUCUCAUUCAUGCUCUCCCAUUUUACAUGUUUAUUAUUACUAUUUACAUGAUUAAAUCAUUUCUUUUUUA